UGUUUGCAAUGUUCAUCACUGUAUUCUGUUAAUCCACCUUCAAACGACGAGUUUGACCAGGCGUGAAAAACUACGCAGCGGUAGGCAUUGUCGUAGGUUUCAUUCAACAUGACAUCACGUGUUGGUCUCAGAGCAGUCGGUACCAAUGGAAGUGACUUUAAAAACAGAGAGAGGGUCACCCCACAUUACCAGAUGAGUGCUUCCCUGAAGGCAGAGAUACGGAAGCUAAACUGGGUCCACCUUCUGAUAUGGCUGCUGGUGGCUGUUCAAGUGACUGUCAGCCACUUUGACCUGGUGUCACAUGACACAGUGUCCAUGCCAUACCAAUGGGAGUAUCCCUACCUGCUCAGCUUCCUCCCACUGCUCUGCAGCUGCCUGUCACUUCCAAAGAACAAUAUCAGUUACCUGGUCAUAUCUAUGAUCAGUGCAGGGCUGUUCUCUGUGGCGCCUUUAAUUUAUGGAGGUAUGGAGAUGUUUCCUGUAGCACAGCAGCUUUAUCGCCAUGGAAAAGCCUACCGCUUCAUUUUUGGCUUCUCUGCAGUGACUGUUAUGUACCUCAUUAUGGUGGCUGCUGUUCAAGUACAUGCCUGGCAGUUAUAUUACAUGAAAAAACUUUUAGACUCAUGGUUUGAUGCCACUCAGGAAAAAAAGAAGAAGUAGUGGAUUACACACAACUGUGGCUGGAAAAAUGUCUUUAUGUUAAUUUAUACAAGGGUUAUAUGUCAUAUUUAGGUUUACUUGUUUAUUCAUCACAUAAAACCUUUUAAUCAUGUGUCAAAGCCUCAUUCAAAUAAAUAAGACAUACAAUUUAUUAUAACCUAGAUUCCUUCAUCAUUAUUUAUUAAAAGAGAAGAGGUUUCAAACCCUCUUCAAUGCUUAGUCUGGUUUCUGCUUUUCUCCAAAGAGAUUAGAUUUUAAAGCAGAAAAGACAUAAACUGGUUCACCAUGUUCAUUUUUCUCAGAAAAAAACAAUUAAUUGUGUUAAAGGAAGCUGGUUUGCUAUUGCAUCAGAUGUUCUUAUACUGUCUCUUUCAAUAAGUCUUGCUCUUACAAUUUUAUUUUAUAGAUGCAGUUAAGCUGUUGAAUAAAAAUGGUAACUGCAA